AUGUCUGUGCCUGGAAUCAUUUCUUCCUUCCAUUGCAGCAAAUCUCAAGAUCUAAACAAGCCAGCCGAGGAGAACAAGUCCCAAGAUCUAAACGAGCAAGCGGAGGACGACAAAACUCAAAAUCUAAGUGAACACACCGGGGACAACAAAUCCCAAGAUAAAAUUGAGCAUGGGGAAGAUGACAUCAAAUCCCUGAGUGAUCGGAGCGAAAGUGGAAGCAAAUCCCCAAACCCAAAUGAUCUGAGUGAAAACGACAGCAAGUCCCAAGACCCAAAUGAUCAGAGCGAAGGCAAUCCCCAAGACCUUACUGAGCUGUCCGAAGACAGUAAAUCUCAAGAUCGGAAGGAGCAGAGCGAGGAGGAGCUCGUGACGCCGUCCGGGACAUCGGAGCCGCAGUCCCAAGAUGGGAAGGAGAAUUCUCAGACGCGCAGCUCUCUAUCCUGGGGGAAGACGGCAACAGAUACGAAGGAUGAUCUUUCCAGCUUUCUUACUACUGAGCCGAGCACAGCUGCUACCCGCUCCUCGCGCAGCUUCGACAGGAAACUCAAAAUCUUAAAGAAGGCAGACUGGGACGAGCUGCAGAGUUCGCAGGACGAAGAGCUUCCUUUAUCCUUAUGGAAGGCUGAGGAUGAAUGGAGGGGUCACAUACCUGCCCAACACGCUGCAGAAUGCAGGUUUUCCUAUCACACCCACUGCUGCUUCAGCGCAACGGAGCAGAUGAUCAGGCACAGCCCAGUGAACCCUGCAAAAGGACCGUGUUACCAAAGCUACUUUCUGAAAAAGCAGCGUGCAAAGAUCAAAAGAUGUAAGGUCUCCUCCUCAGCCGAGAGGAUGCAAAAGGCGGGCAGGAAGGAGGUGAAAGAGAGCAAGCCGUUUAGGAAAACUCAGCCACCAAGGACCACUUCACCCAGUUUAAGUUCAUACUGUAAACGGGAGGGAGGGAUAGGCCCGAAUCAUAAUGAUGAACUUGCAUGCAUGUCUCUUGGCAGGAGGAGCAAAGUUUUGUACAAUCUCUACACGACCUUUUGCGAUGAGGGAGAGCUGCUUGACACAUGCCUUGCUCCAGGAGCAAAAGGACUCUCCAGGGCCUGCACCAUUUUUGGUGCCAUCAAGAAGGGAAAGAUUAACAUCAGCAACCUCCUCCUUAGUUUGCACACGCUGGGAAUCCUGUUGACCAAAUCUGAGAUGUACCAAGCUCUCAAGUUCAUUCCGAUGGAUGUGCAUGGGAAUCUGGAUUUUGCUGACUUCCUGGACAUUUUGAAGACCACCCCAUCCUUCACAGAAAGAGAGGCUCUCAAGAAUGCUCUGUUCAUUUUCAAAAACAUUAGGAAAGACAUGGUGGCCAUUGAUGACUUAGAGACCGUUUUGGCUUGCCUGGGGGUCAGUCUGAGCCCCAAAGUUAUACAACAUGCAGUGGGAUCCGUCCGAGUUACCUGGGAUGGGAAAAUAAACAUCUCAGAAUUUCUGUCACUUGUGAGAGGACCAACAGUUUGCCAUAAAGGACUAGAUGAAAGCUCUACUUGGGGGUCUUCCCGGGGCUUUUCUAGUAACACGGAUGACUCAGAGACCCAGUGGAGAAUACUGCCUGCUCAUACUCACCCACCUCUGUUCUACAAUCCUGAUUACGACGCCGCUCUUGCCCAGCUACGGAAGAGGAAAAAUAAAUCCCAGAAACCUGCUGAGCCUGAGGCUGAGCAGACCAAACCCAGUACUGAGGUCCCUGAAAGCCGUGUGGAAGAGAAGAGCAUUGAGUGGCCAAAGGUCCGGCGAGGCUUUGGCUACACAAGCCAGGACACUCUGUUUCCUCUCUCCUCCACCUUAUCCUUGAAAGAAGAUGCCAAGAUUUCCGCCCAGAAGGCAAGAAAGAUGUCCUUGAUUGCGAGCCAAGCAGAGGAGCAACCUUUCUCGUUGAUCAACUAUGACUUGAUCCAGAAGCAAAAGAAAAAGAAGAGGCUGUCCUUCCAAAAGGAUCUUCCAACGAGGUAUGAAUUUGAAGAGGCCUUCCAAACAUCAGAUUCCGAAGGUGAAGGCAGGAAACCAUCGGAAGUGGUAUCCGACGAGCAAGCCUUGCAGAAUGCCUUCGAUAUCCUCAACACGCUUGCAGGAGAUAACAUGAAAGGCAAUGAACUGCACUCCACCUUUCACAAAAUGGGAGUGAGUGUGAACGAGAAAGAGUUCCAGGACGUGCUGCAGAAUGCGGGUUUGGCAAGAGAUGGGAUGGUGAACUUCUCCAACUUCAUGUCUGCCUUGGGGAAAACAAGCCGCGUCACUGAAUUCGCAAUGUUGAAAGGCGUCAUUCAAGCCAUCGACAAGAUUGAAGAAGGCAAGGUGGCAGUGCAUGACCUCCCGGCCCUUGCGAGAGGCAUGGGGGUCCACCUGUCUGACCACGAUUUCAAGCAAGCUCUGAAACACGUAUCUGUGGAUGGUGAUGGAAAGGUAGUUGUGAAAGACUUCAUGAAAGCCUUUACCAGCACUUCACAUUUCUCUGACCUGAUAAUGCUGAAGGGCAUCUUGAAAGCAGUUGACACCCUUCAGGAAAGCAGAGUCUUGCUGGAAGAACUCAAUCCCACCCUCAAGAGCAUGGGCAUUCGCUUAAGCCCACAAGAGUAUGAACAGCUAAUCACAAGGACAUCUGCUGAUAAAACUGGGAAAAUUGAUAUUGGGCAAGUCUUGAGGAAGAUAUCCAAAUUGCGACGCUUCACAGAAAUGGAAGUUCUGAACAACGCCAUCAAGACUUUUCGCCAGUUCAAGGAUGAGAAAGUGAAGGUGUCGGAUGUGGAGGCCUGCUUCAGAGCUAUCGGGGUCCAUUUAACUAAACCAGAACUAAAGCAAGCCAUAGAUUCUGUGUUAGUUUCCGCUGAUGGGACUGUGGAUGUCAAGGAACUGACUGCAGCAAUGAAGUCAACCAGGCGCUUUGCAAAUUUUUCAGGCGUCAAGGAGAACAUCUCUGCUCUCAAGUUAAUAAAAGAGCACAGUGUGGGGCAGUCGCCGGCUGCAAAGGGCACCACCAGCCGCUUUAGCCUGCGCAUGACGAACAAGUUGAUUGCUCAGGUACUGAAGUCGGUACGUAUGACGGAAGCUGGGCAGCCACAUUUCAUUAAUUUCUUGAGGGUUUUGACGAGGAAUGAUCAAAUCAGAACAGCGGCAGCCUUGACGGAUGGUUUUGAAUCCCUUGAGAAGAUGGAAAAUGGGAAGAUAGGCAUGGAAGGGUUGCAGAUGGUCCUGAACAGCUUCAACAUCUUCUUGUCCACAAAAGAUGCCUCUGAUGCGUUGGCCCUUUGCAAUAUUGAUGGCAAAAAUACAGUGAAUCUGAAGGACUUCUUCAAAGGAACUACCUAUACUGCCACUUUUAUUACUCAUCCAGAACUUCAACUCACCUGUAUGGCUCUGAACAAGCUCAAGGGCGACCAUAUUAACCUCCACGCUUUUGAGUCCACUCUGAAGACCCUGGAUCUUCGAGAGGCCAAUGAAUUACUGCAGGAAGUGAUGAAGACGGCCCAAGUCGACAGUCACGGCAGGGUGAAUUUCAGAGAAUUCAUGAGGGUUUAUAAGCUCCUACCAAUACUCUUGGAAGCAACUGUCCUGAAGGAUACUAUGAGUGCCAUGAGUAAUAUCAGAGGUGACCAAGUCCAGGUGGAUGACCUGCCCAAAACCUUGGCCGAUGUGGGCAUCAAAUUGACACCGGAGGAACUCCAGCAGCUGGUCCACUCAGUUCCAGUCACAGGAGACGGGACUUUAGCUUUUGAUGAGAUUAUUAGGAGUAUAACUGGUACGCAGUCUAUCUCAGAAUUUGACGCUUUACAGAAGGCUUUUGACACAAUCAGCCAGCUCUGCAAAGAGAAGAUUAAGAAGGAAGGGCUUUCAGUUGCCCUCGAAAUCCUGGGUAUCCGACUACCAGCCGAGGAACUUCAGCUAGCUCUGACAUCUAUUCCCAUUGAUGGUGAGAUUUUAAUAAAUUUUCUAUGUUUGCCCAAAGGCCUCCAUGACAUCAUUCAUAACACACUGCGGGAUGCCAUAAAGCAUGUUGAAAGCAUCAGAAACAAGAAGAUGACAGUUCAGCAGUUGGAAGGAAGUCUGGGUGGCCUGGGAAUGUACUUGCCCAAUAAAACUUUCAACGAUAUAGUCAAAUCAGUCAAAACUGACGAGAACGGACUGAUCUAUUUCAAAGACUUUUUGUUAGGAUUGGGUGAAACAGAGGAUUUCACUGAACUGGAAGCCUUACAGCGCGCCGCCACCAUCAUCGACAUAGGGAACAAUGGCUGGAUGCAACCAAAGGAGCUGCAAUCCACUCUGGAUACUUUGGGCAUCUACUUGAAACAUGAAGAGCUCCAGGAAAUUGCAAAGGAGCUCAUGAAUGACGAAGGGAUUGUAAAUGUCAAGGACUGCCUGAUAACUCUGUCCAUGAGCCAACGCUUCAGGGACUCUUUGGCACUUCAAUCUGCUGUUGUGAACUUCAGUAAGAUCAGAGGUGAGAAAGUUGACGUCAGAGACUUGGAGUCCAUUCUGGAAAUUCUGGGUAUUAACUUGAGCAACACUGAGUUCCAGGAUGCCUUAAAAGCCAUCCCUGUAGAUGAAUUCGGAAGGGUGACUUUCAAGGACUUCCUGACCAGCGUAGUGAACAACGAGCGCUUCUCUGAAUCUGCAGCUAUACAUAACCUCUACAUGCUCAUUAGCAAAAUGGAUGGUGAUAAAGUCGAGGUUUCUCAGCUGAAAGACAUACUGGCUCCCAUCGGCAUCCAUUUAACCAAGGACGACGCCAAGGAGGUGCUGAAGACCAUGGCAGUCAAAAGGGAUGGUAUGGUGAAACUGAAAGAAUUUAUGAACGAAUUGCCCAAUACCCGGCGAUUCUCCACAGCUUCAGAGAUGGAAGGAGCUAUGAAAACGAUGAAUAGCAUCAAACAAGGCUGGGUGGACACUGGAGAGUUGGAUUCUAUCAUGCGCAAUAUGGGCCUCAAUUUACUUCCUGAUGAAAUCGAGCAGGCAUUGAAAUAUGUUACCCCAAACGAUGAUGGGAAAGUGAGUGUGGAAAGUGUCUUGUCUGCGUUGACCAAGACUCGACGCUUUUCCCAACCUGAAAGUGACCAAGGGGAUAUGGUUGCUAUGGAAGAGGUAGAUUCCUUUUUGUCCAACUUAGGGAUCCACUUAACCGAAGAGCAACUCCAAGAAGCCUUGAAGUAUGUGGCUGUGAAUGGUGAGUGA